AUGACAAAAAAAAAACGUUUUUACCAAAAGUGUUUUGCCGCAGUGUGUAAACUAUUUAGGAAGAUACACAAACUUCUUGAAAGAUGUGGCUUAGCCGAAGAGCAAGAAAAGAAAAUGUUUAUAGGUGAAACCAUUUUUCACAAAGAAAAGAUCAUACCACUUGGCUUUGAGUUGAGGAAUCAAACUUUGCCUUUGGAGAAGAGAGCUCUAGCUGCCCAUAAAAUGGGUCAGUUGGCUUUCACAGGAGGACAAAUGGCGGCAAAAUGGGUAACUGACUACAUGAGUGACGUAGCUAUACUCCUAUGUGACGAAAAUGCUUCUCCUCAAGUCAUGGUUAUGCUAAUAGAAAGCAUGUGCAGUUGGUGCUACCUAAACCCUGUUGGGCAAAAGAAAGCCAGACUCAUAAACAUGAUUCCCAUUCUUAUGCAUUUGCUGGAAGAGGAAAAUAUCAGGAACAUUCCAAAGGAGCCCAUGAUUAUUAUUAAGUUCUGGGCUUGCUAUCUUCUCUGUAUCAUUUCUUGCAACAAUGCAUUGUGCAUUCAGCAACUUAGGGAAUAUACAAAUAUAAAGCCCGUUCUAAAAUUACUGGCAAAAUUAAACUGGCAGGGGUGGCCUGAUAAUUACGCUCAAGUCUUGUUCUACCUGAUGGGAUUCCAAAUGAAUUAG